AUGCCAAGGAACAGUGUCGACAUUUAUGCUUAUUUUCUCAAUCGACUUCGAGACAACUUGCACGUGGUCCUGUCGUUCUCGCACCUGAGACCAGAUUUUCCUCUGCGCGCACAGAUGUUCCCGGCGGUUUUCAGCGCAGUGAAUAUCAAUUGGUUCUUGCCUUGGCCAGAAGAAGCUCUUGUUGCUGUGAGUGCCAAUUUCUUGAAAAACUUCAAGAUAGAUACCACUGAAGAGCACCGCAACCGUCUCUAUGAAGUGAUGGGGUCUUUCCAGCUCCGCGUGCGUCACAUGUGUGGCGUUUAUUUGUCCAGGAUGCGGAAGCACGUGUACGUAACACCAAGGAGCUUUCUGUGUUUCAUCGAGUACUACAAGAAGCUUUAUGAGCUCAAGCAUGAGGAAGUCAACGUCCAGGAGAAAAGCGUCAUCAUUGGCUUGCGCAAGUUGGAUGAGGCGGCGAAGAACGUCGUGCAGAUGCAGGCUGAGAUCGAAGCUCAAGAAGAGAUCUUGCGAAAGGAGGAUGACAAGACGAACAAGCUCCUGGUAAAGGUACAAGGAGAGAAGGCAAGAGCGGAGAAAAAGGCAGAAGAAGUUGGCAGCAUAAAAAAGGAUUGCGAAGACAACGCGGCUGCCAUCAACGAAGACAAAGAGGAGGCCAACCGCCAGCUCCAAGAAGCGCUCCCCUACUUGCACGAGGCAAAUGCAGCUUGCAACUCCAUCAAAGACAAGGACAUCGUCGAGUUGAAGGGCAACAAAUCGCCGGUUGAUAUCGUCAGGUACACUUUUGAUGGUUUGCUGCUGCUUCUCGGGCUGAAGGUGGUUGAGGUGAAGCAAGAAGACAGAGUGAUUAACAAGGUCACGGGCACCUUCAUAAAGGACUCUUUCGAUGAGCACGCGAAAAGCAUGCUGGCCGACAUCAACUUUUUGAAGAAUCUGAAAUACUUCGCCGAAAACCAGCGCGAUGGCAUCAACGAUGAAACCUGCGAGCUGAUCGAGCCCUAUUUGCGUUUCGAUCCGGAUCCGAACAAGCACUGGCUGACUUGGAAGCACGCCGUGUUAGACCAGCAGCUGGCGAGAAAAGCCAACGCAGCUGCCGAGGGACUUUGCAAGUUCGUCGGGGCAAUGGUCAUGUAUCACAAGGCUUCCAAGAUCGUCAAGCCCAAGAUGGAUUACCUGAAGGUGCAGGAAGCCAAGCUUGACAAAGCACGGGAGGAUCUGGCAGAAGUGACUUGGCAGGUUCAAAGAGGCUUUCGGGAAGCGUGGGAUGAUCAGACAUGA